AUGAGUCCCCCCGUCUCGAGCCCGACCCGGGACCAGCGGCCCACAGUGCGUCUGAACCAGGGGACGUACAUCGGCACAACGCGCGUGGAGCCCGAGUUCCCGCGCGCCGUCGAGGCGUUUCUCGGCGUGACGUAUGCAAAGUGCGAACGUCUGCGGCGUGCGGUACUGCCCGGGGCUUCGGGGGACACCUUUGACGCCUCGGACUACGGCCCAGUGUGCCCGACGGCCGACCCCUCAUUCCCGUCUGACGAGCAGUGCCUCAAUGCCAACAUCUUCCGCCCGGCGACGGCAGGCGAGACCAAGGGCGUCCAGGACGCGGCGGCGCAGAGGAAGCUGCCCGUGCUCGUGUACUUCCACGGGGGCGCGUUUAACUUUGGACGCGGAGGGGACCGAAACCUGGCGGCCUUUGUUGCGUUUGCGAAGCGCGACCUCGUCGCCGUGAGCUUCAACUACCGCCUCGGUCCGCUGGGUUUCCUGCCCUGCGGUCUCGCCGCCGACGAAGGCGUCGCAAACACUGGGCUGCUGGACCAGAGGGCACUGCUGCAGUGGGUGCAGCGGAACAUCGCCGCGUUUGGCGGCGACGACAAGGACGUCACGGUCAUGGGGUUCAGCGCAGGCGCGCACUCGCGCGCUCCGUCCUUUCGCCGACUCAUCCCCGCCACGAAGCGCAGCUUGCCCAGUCACCCGCCGGCCCAAGUCCUUCCCGCCCUGCGUGCCUUGCCCCUCCGGACCCUGCUACAAGCCUCGGUGGCGACGUGGACCGAGUGCGCGCCCACCGUGCAGUGGCCCUUCCAACCCUCCAUCGACGGCGACGCCAACGAGGACAGCGUCAUCCCGGGCCCGCCCAUCAAGACCUGGGCAUCCCCCUCCCUUCCGAGCCCGCCGCCCCUGAUGACUGGUUUCAACACCUCCGAGGGCACAAUGUUCGUCCCCGCGACCGCGUCCUCGCCCACCGCCCUGGCCGACUUCUUCUCCGCCCUGAUUCCCGCCCUCACCCCGCAGGACCUCGAGCUCCUCGAGUCCCUGUACCCGCCCGCGUCAACCUACCCUCCGCCGCCGACCCCGGCCCACGGCUCCCAGUUCCGGCGCCUGGCGCAGGCGUACGGGCACUACGGCUACAUCGCGCCGCUCUUCCACUCGGCGCACUUUGCCUCCCUCAAGGGCGCCCCCGUGUGGGUGUACGAAUACGCCGCGCACGCGGACCUCGCCGCCGCGAACCACGGCGACCAUGUCCCCGCCGCAACGCACGACACCGACGUCCUCUCGGCGCACGGCACGCCCGGCCUGCUCGCCGUCUCGGACGCGAUGCACGGGUACUGGUCGUCGUUCGCAGCCACGGCCGACGGCCCCAACGCCCUCCCCAACGCCAGCGGCAUCGCCUGGCCGCGCUUCGUCACCCCCUUUGGCGACGACAGCGCGGGGGAUUCGGUCCCGGACCCGGCGGACCCGGACGAGACGCGCGGGAAGAUCCUCGUGUUUGGCGAGGGCAACGACGAGUUCAUGGGGAGGAAGGGCGAGCGGCGGAGGGGCACCGUGGCGCGCGUGCGGACGCUGACGGGGCUCGAGGUGCGGCAGUUCCGGUUCUGGUGGGAUCGGGUCGGGCUGAGCGAGGGCACGGGGGUCGCCGACGGCGGGACGAAGCCGUAG